GCUAUGUAUCAAGCUUUAAGUUAAAGCCCGGCCCAACAAAAUUGCUGACGUUUGAAACGGUUGAAUAAUGGCGUCAGCCUCUGCAACGAAAUCAGACCAACUCAUGAGGAAAGAGGCUUUCAUCGAUUUGCGUACUUCAGACUUCAGCGUCUCAUCCAACUGCAACUCUGGAGCUGGAGGCAGACAACCAUGUUUAACUUCCCCAUUUCUCCCCUUUAACUCAUUAAAUCCGAAUUAGGGAUUUUGCCGGUGUUUUAAGGAUGGUGGGAAGAAGGAAGCCGCUGGUGCUCUCUUCCACUAAAAUUCUCGUCCACUCGGUACUGAGUUCUGCGCGACUCGAUGAAACCGGCCCAACCAAUCUUUCUGCUGACGGCUUGCGUUUAAAGGCCGGAAUUCUUAGGUUUUCGAAGGACGAAAAUGACAUUUCUGAUCCCAAGUUAGCUACUCUCGACGAUUCUGCUUUAGUGGGGCUUUCUACUUCUAUGUUGAAGAGACUGUCAAUAGUAUCUGGCUCGCUGGUGAUUGUUAGAAACGUGGAGACAAAGAUGCAAAGAAUUGCUCAUGCUGUUGUUUUAGAUCCCCCAAAUGCCCAUGUCGACACAUCUCUAAGCAAAGAACCCCUAUCCCAUUCUCCACAUGUAAUGCUUAAGUUUCCUGCGUACAGUUUUCCUCAAAAUGACUCUGUAUUAUUGGACUGUGACGUUGCCUAUGUAUCUCCUUUAUUAGCUUUUAACCUUAACCUGCACAUAUCAUGCUUGAGAUCUCUUGUCCAUGAAGGGAAAGAGACUUUAGCAUCUCUCUUUGAAGCUGAUGUGGAUGAUAAGGCUGGCAGGGAAGGCACUGAUACUUCUGUUGUCAGGUUGUGGUUGGAACCUUUGGGUCGACUGCCAAAAUAUGCAUCACACUUGAGGGUUUCCUUUGUUAAGAUACCAGAAUGCAGUUCCCUGGAAUCUUUGAGAGGAAUUUCUUCUAUUGAAGCUGAAGAUCGCCAAGAAAUGAUUGAUUCUGCAUUACACAAAUACUUUGAAGUUGAUAGAUAUUUAGCAAGGGGAGAUGUUUUCAGCAUUUUCUUAAAUUGGAACUGCAAUUCAGUCAUUUGCAUUCCUUGUGGUUCAAGAUUGCAAAACAGGAGUAAUAAUAUCAUCUAUUUCAAGGUUGUUGCUGUGGAGCCAUCAGAUGAAGCAGUUCUUCGAGUCAAUCAUACUCAGACUGCUCUAGUUCUUGGAGGGAGUGCUCCAUCUGCUGUUCCUCCUGAUAUGUUGAUUGCUGGAACAAAAGGUUUUGCGCCUUUGCAAGGGGACACAGUGAAGAUUUUAGCAUCCAUUCUUACACCACCUUUAUGCCUAUCUCCACUGUCCUUGACCUUCAGAGUUUCAGUUUUACUACAUGGUCUCCCAGGGUGCGGGAAGAGGACCGUUGUUAGAUAUGUUGCUAAGCGACUGGGUCUACAUGUAGUUGAAUAUAGCUGCCAUGAUCUGACAGCAUCUUCUGAGAAGAAAACCUCUGCUGCAUUGACUCAAGCUUUCAACAGUGCGCAAAGAUACUCACCAACAAUACUUCUACUUAGCCAUUUUGAUGUUUUUCGGAAUUUGGCCUCUCAUGAAGGUUCCCCAAGCGAUCAAAUUGGGCUUUCCUCUGAAGUUGCAUCAGUCAUCAGAGAGUUCACUGAGCCAGAUGAAGAUGGUUAUGCUGAAGACAAAUCAAAUGGUGAUUUUCCUGUAAAGGAAACUGGAAAUGUGGGUAGGCAUCAUGUGAUGUUGGUUGCAGCUGCUGACAGUUCUGAAGGUCUGCCGCCAGCUAUUAGGCGUUGUUUCACCCAUGAAGUAAGCAUGGGUCCCUUGACUGAUGAACAAAGGGCUGAAAUGUUGUCCCAGUCACUGCAAGGUGUUGCUGAACUCCUUUCUAAUGCUUGCUUAAAGGAUUUUGUGAAGGACAUAGUAGGACAGACGUCUGGCUUCACACCUCGGGAUUUGCAUGCUUUAAUUGCUGAUGCUGGUGCAAACUUAGUCCCCAGGAGCAAUUUUCAAACUGACGAAGCAGAAUCGUCACAAUCAGAUGGUCCUCUUAGAGUUAAAGCAGUACAGGAUACAUCAAGCUAUACUGCAGCUCAUACUAUGGGGAAAGAGGACUUGACAAAAGCAUUGGAACGAUCAAAGAAGAGGAAUGCCUCUGCAUUAGGUGCUCCAAAGGUUCCUAAUGUGAAAUGGGAAGAUGUUGGGGGGCUGGAGGAUGUGAAGAAAUCAAUUUUGGACACUGUCCAGUUACCUCUCCUGCAUAAGGAUUUGUUUUCAUCUGGCUUGCGCAAGCGUUCUGGUGUUCUUCUCUAUGGUCCUCCUGGAACAGGGAAAACUUUGUUGGCAAAAGCUGUAGCAACUGAGUGUUCCUUAAAUUUCCUUAGUGUAAAAGGGCCUGAACUAAUUAACAUGUACAUAGGAGAGUCAGAGAAGAAUGUUCGAGACAUUUUCCAGAAGGCUAGAUCGGCGAGGCCAUGUGUCAUCUUCUUUGAUGAACUCGAUUCUCUUGCUCCUGCUCGUGGUGCUUCUGGGGAUUCUGGGGGUGUUAUGGACAGAGUGGUUUCUCAGAUGCUUGCAGAGAUUGAUGGCCUUAAUGAUUCUACACAGGACCUCUUUAUUAUAGGAGCAAGCAACAGACCAGAUCUUAUUGACCCAGCUCUUCUAAGGCCUGGCAGAUUUGACAAACUGCUAUAUGUUGGCGUCAAUUCUGAUGCAUCUUACAGAGAACGAGUUCUCAAAGCACUUACGAGGAAGUUUAGAUUGCAUGAAGAUGUAUCCCUUUACUCAAUUGCAAAGAGAUGCCCCCCUAACUUCACUGGUGCAGAUAUGUAUGCCUUAUGUGCAGAUGCUUGGUUUCAUGCUGCAAAGUGCAAGGUGUUGAGUUCAGAUUCAGAUUCUUCUUGCACAGGUCAAGCUGACUCCAUUGUUGUAAAAUAUGAUGAUUUUAUGAAGGUGUUGGGAGAGCUUUCCCCAUCCCUUUCCAUGGCAGAGCUUAAGAAGUAUGAAAUGCUUCGAGAUCAGUUUGAAGGGUCUUCGAGCUGAAUCUGUGGUCAAUUCUACAAGUAUAUAUGUAUUGCAAAAAUACAAGCUAAAAAGAAAAAAAAGCCAAUAUUUUAGAUCAAUCUUUAUGAUAGAUGAAACUGUAUACAAGGCUGAAAUUUUGUAUCAUUGUCAAUGUUACGCAGUAGAAUAUUCAAAUAAAAUGCCUGAUUCUAGAGAUUAGAGCAUUCAUUUUCUUAA